CUGGAAUAUAAAUACCUAGUAGCUUCCAAAAAACCUAGGUAGGCAAUGUCAUCUAGAUUAUAACUACCACCAACCAUACCAUCCAACACAUAUAAAGAUCUCAAGUGUCCUCCCAUUUCCGUUCUCAUUCAUAAGCCAAACCUUACCCUGAAAAUCUGUCACUUCAUACACGCUCAACCAGAGGUACGAAACUAUCAAACAGUGGAAAAGAUCAAGAAUCAGAACAACCUCCAAUUCGACUCCAUAUUGAUAUCAAAACCAUCUACCUCGUUUCCCUUAAAAGUACAAUUGUAGAAGAUACUAGGUAAUUACUACAUAUCUUCGUUGAAUGACAUUACGAGUCAACUACAACGUCUCCCAAGAAGAAACCCAACAUAACUUAAGAGCCACACACCACCACCAACCGGAAUCAUGGUUUUAGCUGUCCUUAAAAACAUCUUUUUCUAUCAAUCUGUCACUCCCAAAUCGCCCAAACCAAAGCGAGAACGAGGAGUUCCAAAAAUCGAUUUCGUUACAUCUAGACAGCCUCUCUUACCAAAUAGCAACACAAUCCACAACAUCGAAUCGGUCGACGGAACUCACGAUGAUGAUGAAAGUACUUUGGAUUUAGAAUCUCAAGAUUCUAGAUCAGAAAAAUCCUCGAAGAAGAAGGGAUGGAGAAUUGACGCGAGAGUUAUUUCGGAUGCAACUAUUGGUUUGAGUGAUGGGUUGACAGUACCAUUUGCAUUGACGGCUGGAUUAUCGGCUUUUAAUGAUUCAAAAAUCGUUAUAGGGGGAGGAAUGGCCGAGUUGAUUGCAGGGGCCAUUUCUAUGGGAUUGGGUGGAUAUCUUGCUGCUAAGAGUGAACUUGCAUCAUAUCAUGCUACACGAGAAAAGACUCUGGAACGAAUCGAAAACGAUCUUCAAGGCGUCUUAAACGAUCUGAUGGAGGAAUAUGAACCAUACGACUUUCCCAAAGAAGUCAUCACCGGUCAAUCAACUCAUCUUGCUCAAAUGCACCCAGAGCUUCUCACCGACUACGUAAUGCAAUUCCAACAUUGUGAAGAGGAACCCGCUACAUCCCGCGCUUUUACAUCUGCUCUUACAAUCUCGAUGGGAUAUUUCCUCGGUGGUUUGUUACCUUUAUUGCCAUACUUUUUCGUAUCCACGGUUGCCGAGGGAUUAUAUAUCUCAGUUGGGGUUAUGGUGAUAACACUAUUUGUCUUUGGAUAUGUCAAAACGGGUAUGAUAACAGGAUUCCAAGCGAAGUGUAUAGGAGGUAAUUGCUGGGGUGCUGCCGAGAUGGUUCUCAUUGGAGGUGUAGCGGCGGCGGCUGCGAUGGGAUUAGUGACAUUAUUUCAACCCGGAGCGUAGAUGCGAGAGGGGAUUUGUCGGUCGAAAUUAUGGAUAGGCGAAUGGGAUAUGGUUGAACGAAUUUAUGAAUUGAUGAUGGCGUUCAAUGGAUGGAUUUGGUAAAUCAAUUAUGGAAGGAAAAUGGGUUUGGACGGUGGCGUUCAAGGAAAAUACACUCUCGAGAAUAUCGAUCGAGUGGUUUUAUUCCUCUCUGUAUCUGUUCAUGAAUAGGACAGCUGUUUCAAUAGCAUUGGGGUUGGGCAAAGGAAUAUUCAAUCAGGCAAUCUUGAACAAUCUAUAUUAAUUCCAUUGAAUAUUUGCC